AUGACUACGGAACAAAGAUCAGCGAUAAAAGUUUGUGUUUUGAAUGAUGUUUCAAGGAAAGAUACUAUUAAAAUGUUAGAGAAGGCAUAUGGAAUGAAAGCAAUGAAGAAAUCGCAGGUUUAUGAGUGGUACGGGCGGUUUAAAAACGGCCGAGAUAGUGUAAUGGACGAGCCACGCAGCGAUCGGCCGACGUCAAUAACCUCACGUCAUGUCACGGAAAUCAAGGGACUGCUUGAACUGGACCGCCGUAUUACGAUUCGCGAAGUCAGUGACAAAGUUGAUUGCAGCAUCGGCACUGUUCAUGACAUUUUACAUAACAAACUAAAUAUGCGGCGGAUAUGCACUAGAUGGAUCCCGAAAAUGCUGUCAGAUGACCAGAAGAAGUAG